UUAGGACACUGAUAGUUUGUUCUAUUAGGUGAAUACUGAUAAUCCAGUCGGGCAAAAAAAAUUUAUUUCAGCACUUGAUACAAUAUGUGUAAGAAAGCCGGGGGCAUUUUCUUGAAUGUCAUAAUAAUUAUCUGCUACAUGAAAAAGAAAGUAAGCAGUUUAUAAGAGUUUUGCUUUCUGUGCUGGACCUAGAAAUCUUCAAAUAAUGGAAACUGGGAAUCAUUCUGCAGCAGUUGUGUUCAUCCUGAUGGGAUUGACACAGCAGCCUGAGCUCCUGCUGCCCCUCUUCCUUCUGUUCCUGGGCAUCUAUAUGGUAACCGCAGUGGGGAACCUGGGCAUGAUCCUGCUCAUCACAGUCAGCCCACUGCUGCACACACCCAUGUACUAUUUUCUCAGCAGCUUAUCCUUUGUUGAUCUCUGCUAUUCCACUGUCAUUACACCCAAAAUGCUGGUGAACUUCCUUGGGAAGAAAAAUUUCAUUACCUAUUCGGAGUGCAUGGCCCAGUUCUUUUUCUUUGCAAUCUUUGUGGUCACUGAGGGUUACCUCCUGACUGUCAUGGCAUAUGAUCGUUAUGUGGCCAUCUGCAGACCAUUGCUGUAUAAUGUGAUCAUGUCCUCUAGGCUAUGCUUACUGUUAGUGCUAGUUGCCUUCACUUUAGGCCUUUUUUCUGCUGUGGUGCAUACGAGCGCUAUGAUGAAUCUGAACUUCUGUAAAACCUACGUCAUAAGUCAUUACUUCUGUGAUGCUCUUCCCCUCCUCAAACUUUCCUGUUCUAACACACAUCUCAAUGAACUUCUCAUAUUUAUCAUUGGAGGGCUCAACACCUUGGUGCCCACUCUAGCUGUCACCAUCUCCUAUGUCUUCAUAUUCUGCAACAUCCUUCACAUCAGGUCAUCAAAGGGCAGGUCCAAAGCAUUUGGAACCUGCAGCUCUCAUCUCAUGGCUGUGGGGAUAUUCUUUGGCUCUAUCACCUUCAUGUAUUUAAAACCUUCUUCAAGUAACUCUCUGGAGCAAGAGAAGGUGUCUUCUGUGUUCUAUACCACAGUGAUUCCCAUGCUGAACCCACUAAUAUAUAGUUUGAGGAACAAGGAUGUAAAGAAAGCAUUAGGCAGAUUCUCAAUAGGAAGGUAAGCCUUACUUUUUGCAAAUAAUACAUAGUAGAAGUGAAUUUUCUAGUAAAAUAUGUUGUAUUUAUGUUUAUCUUUUGAAACAUACAGCAUAUCUAUGUUUAGGGUGCUAGGAUUAAUCUCAAAGCACCCUACAUUUUACACAAGCAUUAUCCCUUGGGGCUAUAUUUAUUAUUUUUAUUUUAUGAAGUGCUUUAUCAUGUAUCAUUGAUUUAAUUUUUCCAAUAUAAUAAAAAUGACUUUUAAAGAAGGUAUUAAUGCUUCGAUAGGAAAAUUGGUUUUUCUCUGUUAUAUAAAUAAAAUGAUAA